UUAACGGUACCUCACAACUUAAAAGUACAAUGUAUCUUCACUGCACUUUGUCUAUAAGCGUAAACUAACGCGAUACAUGUGCUUGACGUGGCGUGGUAAACUAAAUUGCUACAGAGUUGAACGCUAGUGACUGACAGUGAUUGUCUGGUUAAAUGAACGUCACCCCGUUUAUAUGUGGACUACUUUGAUUACGAGAAAUGGGAGGAGCGUGUGAAAAAACUGAGCAGCUUCUACAUGACUGCAGAGCAGUGGAAACACAGGGAGAGCAGCAGUCGAGGCGUGGGUGAGUGAACAUCAUGGGACAUGCUCUCAGCGAAUGAACUACAGCAGUCUGGAGCUUCAUCCCAGAGCGCGCAGACGUCUGCUGCUGAAUCUCACUGGACAAUACAACAGCGCUGAAGCGGAGAUUACACAGUCCUGCUUUAAAGUUUAGAAUAAUGAGAGUGAAUUUUUCUGCUAGUUGGAUAUUUCAAGGAUGGAUCACACACUUCGUUCUUGCUCUGUGCACGCAGGCAGGACUGGCCAUAAGCUGCCAACUAAAUGAAUAUGAGCACAACGGGGGAUGCUGCAGAAAAUGUGAACCAGGAAAAUACGUUUUCGCCCAUUGCGACAGCAACUCGAGCACAAAGUGCCGUGGUUGUGGCCAUGAAGAAUAUCAGCCGGAAUGGAACAGUGACACUAAAUGUAUUCCUCAGAAGUUCUGUGAUGAGGGUAAAGGAUUUAACCGCACUCGUUUACACAACCCUACAGCGGCUGAACCCUGUCAGUGCAAGCAGGGUUUCCACUGCUCUCUGAUCAACUGCGAAUACUGUGAGGCCAUUAAAAAAUGUCCUGCAGGAGAAGGAGUCGUAAUGGGAGAGACGGGCAGAGCUUCCUGUGUGCCUUGUCAAUAUGGAUAUUUCUCAGAUUCCAUAUCUAUAGAAGCCUGCAAGAAAUGGACAGAUUGUAAAGCUAUCGGCAAAACAGAGAAACAGUCAGGAAGCUCUAAGACAGAUGUGGUGUGUGGAGUCCAUUCUCCUGGUAUGACACCCUGGGUGCUGGUGGCCAUCCUCUCGGUCAUCAUUGUGGUGUCCCUGGUUGUUCUCUUUUUGUUUUGCUGCAAGGAUAAGCUGAACUUCCUCUCAGUAAAUCUACGCACUUGCGUCCAAAACCUGAAAGGAAGCAGGAAUCAACAGGAAACUGUGACUUCAUACCACGGUGGCAACGGUCCACAAACCCUCCCUCUGAUCUGCCAAGAACUAACCCCCUCAGAGCCCCUGAUCACAUGUCCCAGCACCCAAUUAACCAUUCUUGACGAAACAUCGACUCCUACAGACCAAGAACAGGACCAGGACCGAGCCGAAACCUCAUCAGGCAGCUCCAGCGAGGACUCCGGAGUUGGGUCUGUGUCUCCUCUCUCAGGCAGCUCCUGCAGCUGUGCGUUUCCCAUGAAGGAGCCCAUGGAGGUCGGAGAGAAUGAGGACUGCAGUCAGCUGGUGGCCACGGGUUUGGCGACAUGCUGCUCUUGCAGGACAGGAGACGCCAUUGGAGAAAACGUGCAGGCCGUCGACCUGAAAGAACCUCUGCUGUGUGAGAGCUGCACGUCAGACGUCCUGCCAGCCUGCGAUUACAUGGGUCUGCAGCGCUCCCAGGAACUCUGUCUGGACUAUAGCAGCCCUGCUGGCAAAGAAGCCAUGUCAGAGAUGAGAGGCAUCUACGGGGAGCGAGGUCCGGUUGAAGGGCUGUAUAGACAGAACGAACCUUGCUGCUGCAGCAUAGACUCCACCACCGUUCCACCUCUGCCGUCGGUCAGCUCUAAUGACCAGGGUCUUUCACUGAUCCACAGCGAUGACCACAAACUGUCCGACCCCGAUGCAGACUUCCAGAACCAGUGCUCAGAAUCCGCUCUCACAUCUGGUCAGGUGACAGGAAACAACAACACUACUUUUAUCUCCAGCGGACAGGUGAUGAACUUCAGCGGUGAGGUCAUCGUGGUGUACGUCAGUCAAACGUCACUGGGGAGCAGCGGAGGAACAGACGAACCCUUCAGCUGCCCGGUUCAGGAAGAAUCCAACGAUGACAGUUUUCAAAGCGAGCCCAAAUCCAACAUAACCACAACACCGCAGGCCAAGAGCAGGAGCGGACACCUGGAAAAACACCUGCCCGUGCAGGAAAUGACCAACGACUGGUCCUGGCAGAAAUAAAAAGCUGCAAACAUUUCCUACUAGACUGGAAUUGACUGUCUCUUUUUCAAAUGAUUAUUAUUGAUUAAUGACGGGCGUUCGACAGCCCGUAUAGCAACUAGAGUGCUAUUUCGUGAAAAAUGCUAUGCAUUUGUUUAUUUCAUAUAAAUUAGCUACUUGUUGUCGGUUUUGCGGUUUCAGCUUUGAGAGGAUCUCGGUGAGCAGUAAAAGUCAAGAACAUUCACCCCAGAAUGUCUCAUUUUCAGACAAUCUCUAUGCUGAGGAGCCAAAUAAAGAGCGUCUUAAAGAAACAAAAAA